AUGGGUUCUUUCCUCUCAUCCAAAGUCCCACCGCCCCGUCCAGCCAAAAACUACAUACUUUCUUUUCCAGAAGAUGAUUUCCCCGAAGAAGCAAGCAAAGCCCCCGAUGACGUACAGGACUGGUAUUCUCAUUUCUUCGAAACCUUGUUCUGUCUCCCUCACAAGGACGGCAAGAGCAUACUUAUCCUGGAAGCCCCCGAAGACAUUGAGCCAGACUCGCGAGCAAGGCCGGAGAGACAUCCCAGGAUCGUCUGCUAUCUUAGGCCGCUGGAAAGCGACAUUGGCGUUGUUGUCGAGAGGCUCGAGCCUGGACCUAUUGAGUGGCACUCGCUUCCAGCACUGACUGUACCUCUCCUGCAAGACCUGUCAGAAAAUGGCCGCUUGCUGCUGAGCCUGUACUAUCGGUGGGCAUUGCAGGUGCUCUCAGCGUUGCAAUUCGCCCACUCGCGAUCCGUGUUCAUCCGAAACUUUUGCACGGAGCUCGUGUGGCUAAGGUCGGAUUUCUCGCUCGCAAUCGCGGGGUUCCUUGCCGCAUCAGCACCGCAGAUUGAAGAGGAAAACAAACAGGAUGGCAUUGCUAGCGCAAGGGAACGCCUGCAGGAUUCUGCGUAUCCGAACCCGAUGACGCUGGAAGAGUUUGAUCGUAGGGUUAGGGAGGAGGGGUAUGCGCCAUGGCCGUUUAGCGAUGGCGAGUGGAUUAUAGAUGGUAGCGUGAGCGAUGCUAUUUACGAAGGAGACGAGGAGCAUGGGAGCGUGAAAGAAGACUUGUACUAUUGGGCUAUAUUCGUCAAAUACCUUGUCAACAACGUCUUUGCAGAUGCAUCCGCGUUGCAAGACGGGAUGCCCGACGAAAUUGAAGAUGUACGCCUAGGCAUCAUUAUCGCGAAUGCUGAGAAUGGUCGGUACAAGGAUGCCGCUGAGGUUAUGAAAGACGUCAAAGCUGCGGCUGCGAAGAUGGGAAUCAAGAUUGUGGGUGAUGACGAGGUCGAUAUUGAUGGUAAGUGGGAAAAUGUCUUUGAGAUUUGUGAGAGGCAGUUGCGUUUCCGCGAGGAGGAAUAG